AUGACCGUCAACCCCGAAUAGUAAGUUUGACCAAUUUUUGUGCCGGUUUCUUUGGAUUUUAGACGUUUUUACUGAUGUUCUCCAUGUAACCUAGUAGUUUUUGCCAAUUUUGGCAGUAUAUCGGGUUGAUAGAUGCUGUAACACGUUUAUCAUUACCCUGCCUGUGCUUGAAAAACUUGUGGGCCCAUAAAAUUUGCGGAAGGUCGUAAAUUCAUCUGUUUUUCGGCCGUCCAAUUUCUGAUGUGGUGUUGAACAUAGAUUGAGCUAGGUUUUGUCGAAUCUUGACUAAAUUCAACCGGAAUUGUUGCAUAACAUCCAGUAGAGUACUUUUCAACUUCUCAUGACGAAACUGCGUAACAUUUUCAUGUUUCUUUCGAGAUUUUUGAAGGUUUGGUGUCAAUGUCAAGUGUAAUGUCGGAGAAGCUGAUUUCUACCAGUAAAUCUCAAAUAAACGGUGAUAGCACUUUGCUCAGCUAUGAGUGCCAUUACCACUUCAUUUUAUACGAGACUUGCCGCUUCUAUACAGUUUCGGAGUUUUAACACGUGACCUAGUUUUAUCGAUCUCCCACCAAACUCCUAGCGGAACGCCUCGAGUUUUUUUGAAUGGCGGAUUGAGGUCAUCAGGCGCAUAUUUCCGCUGUUUUAAAGUUAUCCGAUCCGUUUUUUAUUGAGAUCUUUACGUUUGUUUAUUUCCAGUGACUACCUCUUCAAAUUGCUGCUGAUCGGUGACUCUGGUGUUGGAAAAUCUUGUUUACUGUUGAGAUUCGCUGAUGAUACUUAUACCGAGUCUUACAUCUCCACCAUUGGAGUCGAUUUUGUAAGUUUUUUUUUGAUUAUAUUAUACUUGAUCAAAUUUAGUGCUAAAACUUGAAAAUCAAGGUUCAACAAGGAUAAAGUCUUGAAUAUAUUGUUGCCCUCUGGUAAUGGGUUUGUUUUUCAGAAAAUCCGUACCAUCGAGUUGGAGGGCAAAACCAUCAAACUUCAAAUUUGGGACACCGCUGGCCAGGAACGCUUUAGAACUAUCACUUCAUCCUACUAUCGUGGCGCUCACGGUAUCAUUGUCGUUUAUGACAUCACCGACCAAGACACUUUCAACAACGUGAAACAAUGGCUUCAAGAAAUCGACCGGUAUGCCAACGAGUCCGUCAACAAGUUGUUGGUCGGAAACAAGUCUGAUCUCCAGUCCAAACGUGCCGUCGAGACCGCUGUGGCUCAGGUAUGCGUAUACGAAGGUUUUUGCUUGGAGAUUUUUUUUGGUGCUAUGGAAUUAACCGUUUUAUGUUAGACUUGGACAUUGAUGUAGAUAGUCAAAUAUGAUUGGUAAUAUAAUCUUCUGUUGUUUCAGGAAUACGCGGAUCAGCUCCAAAUCCCCUUCCUUGAGACGUCCGCCAAAUCGUCAACCAAUGUUGAACAGGUGAGCAUAUUUUUUAUUUUGUUUUUGUCUUUAGGUAAAGGUCAAGUAUAAUAUUGGAAAAAUAAAUGGACGCGUUAAACGAGGCAUGAAGAAAUGAUGUCCUUUAGUUAGCCAAAGUUAUAGAGGAAGUAUUACGAUACUUUUGAUCAAUCGAUCUAGUCUAGUUUAUGCGAGAUACAUAAAUUUUCCAGGAGCCUUCCAGUAUAAUAUAAUUUUUUCACUAACUUUGCCCUUUUGCAGGCUUUCAUCACUAUGGCGACGGAGAUCAAGAACAGAAUGGGACCCCUGCAGCAAGGCGGCGCCAACCCAUCAGCCGUCCGAAUCGGGCCCAGCCAGUCAGUCCAGGACAAAAAGUCGGGCGGUUGCUGCUAA